AUAUUAUGUUCUUUCACUGUUAGCACACAAAAUAAUUGAAUUUUUUCAGGUAUUGAAGGAAAAAUUGAGAAUCUAGUUGGAGAUCCAAUGCGUCACGCUGUUAUCCAUCUCAACUCUUCUUCGCACCAAUUCCACGUUACCAAAAACAGUGGUCUCUUCAUGAUAUCACUACCACCGGGAUAUUACCAUAUGCAGGUAUCUUGCAAGCAUUACUUGAAUACAACAGUUGCGAUCGUAGUAAAUCCAGAUAAAAUGACUUACAUCAGUGUAGUACUUAAAAAAGCGCAUGACGAUGGAUUUGUAAUAUCUCACAAAGGAAUGGGAAUCUCUGGUGUUGUCACAGACACACAAAAACAUCCCUUAGAAGGAGCUAUUGUGUCUGUAAGUGAUACCAAGUAUACUACUGUCAACAAAUAUGGAGCAUACUGGCUCCCUCUUGAUCCAGGUGAACAUACUGUGAAGGUGCAUGCGUCUGGUUAUCUACUUUCAACGAAAUUAGCAACUUUAAUGAAAGAAAAACCGGAACAAACGUUGGUUUUCCGACUGAUUAAAGAUGAAACAGUAUUGGGACUUCCAAGGCUGGUCUUCAUUUUACUUUCAGGAUUGAUAGGAAUGAUGUCGAUGGGUAUUUGCUUCUGCUGCUACAUGCAAUGCAAAACGGAAUCUUAUUCUUCAGGAUUCUCACUAAUACCACAGAAAUCUGCAUUAUUUGAUGAUGACGAUGAUGAGAAAGACACAGAACUUUUCAGGACGCCUAUCAGAGGCUCCAUCACUAGGCCUUAUUAUGAUGAAUCAGACCUUGAUUUAGAUGAAGGAUCUCUGUCUGAAGAAGAUAUCAUAGUUGUAAGAUAACUCAAUUUGAUACGGUACUGUCAUAAAGAGCAUAAUAUGAACAGAGAAAAUUCAUUAAACAAUAUUAAUUUAUUAUCAUUCUCCAAGUGAUGAAUUCCAUCAAAUUUCUAUUCAAACAAAUCUAAUGCUCUUGAAUUAAAUCACUGAAAUCUAGCAUUAGUAAUUAGAUUCAUGAACUUUUGUCAAGUUACUUAUUAAUACAUCAAUUAUACUUGUUUGUAUUAUUCUGUGAAUUCAUUUUGAUUGAGUUUGUCUAUUAAACGUUUGAGAAAACUUUA